CUCUCUCUCUCUCUCUCUCUCUCUCUCUCUCUCCACCGCGAGAUAUCCGCAGCGACUCUCUCACCGGAGCUCGGGUCGGGUCGGGUCGUCUUGACGAAGCUGAAGCUGAAGCUGAAAAAAGCUGCUUUCUUUGGACUCCUCCCGGAGCUCUCAAAUUCGGGUCGUCUCGCUACGAAAAUGGGCUGCACCGGAUCGUCGCAGAGCAAAGAAGACGGAGCUUUGAAAAAGAUACGGAAGCCAAAACCUUGGAAGCAUCCCCAGCCACUAACAAAGACUCAACUCUUGCAGUUGCGUGAAGAGUUUUGGGACACGGCUCCUCACUAUGGUGGCAGGAAAGAGAUUUGGGAUGCUCUUCGAGCUGCUGCCGAGGCAGAUCUAAGUCUAGCACAAGCCAUUGUUGACAGUGCUGGGGUUAUUGUUCAGAGUGCUGAUUUGACAAUUUGCUAUGACGAAAGAGGUGCAAAAUACGAACUACCCAAGUAUGUUUUGAGUGAGCCAACCAACUUGAUUCGAGAGAGUUAACAUGAGCUGAAGAUAUGGAAAAAUUUGUUUGCAAGAUUGAAUGUAAAUCAUAUGUACAUUAUACUCAUUCUCUUCCAUAUCUUUAACACAGUUGGCAACUCAUAUGCCAGUCACUUUGAUCUUAGUUUGCUGUAAGUUUCUGGAUUUAUCACUAUCUCACUGAUUCCUACUCUC